CAACUGCAAUCAGACAAACACUGCUCCCUCUCUUCUCUUCUCCCUCGUUUUACAUAUUUCACCAGGUCAGCUAAAUAUCAUCUCUUUCAUUUAUCAAAUUCUUCUCACCCUCCCUCUCCAAAGCAUGGCUUCUGGGGUAACUGCUUCGCUCUCCUUUCCAUCGUCCAAGUCCGCCUCUCUUUCCACCAGAACCUCCAUUGUCUCCCCUGACAGACUAGUAUUCAAGAGGGUUGCAUUCCAGUACAGGGAUGUGUAUAGCAGUAGGAAAGUAGUUUCUAUCAGAGCCCAAGUGACCACCACAGAGACAGAGGCGCCUGCUGCUAAGGUAGAGAAGGAAUCGAAGAAACAGGAAGAAGGAGUGGUGGUGAACAAGUUCAAACCCAAGAAUCCUUACACUGGGAGAUGCUUGCUCAACACUAAGAUCACUGGGGAUGAUGCUCCUGGAGAGACAUGGCACAUGGUCUUCAGCACCGAGGGAGAGGUUCCAUACAGAGAAGGACAGUCAAUCGGAGUCAUACCAGAUGGCAUUGACAAGAAUGGCAAGCCUCACAAGCUUAGGUUGUAUUCCAUUGCCAGCAGUGCCCUUGGUGACUUUGGUGACUCCAAAACUGUUUCUCUGUGUGUGAAACGGCUUGUAUACACUAAUGAAAAUGGAGAACUCGUCAAAGGGGUGUGCUCAAAUUUCUUGUGUGAUCUGAAGCCUGGAGCUGAAGUGAAGAUCACUGGCCCUGUUGGGAAAGAAAUGCUUAUGCCUAAAGAUCCUAAUGCCACUAUCGUAAUGUUGGCAACUGGAACUGGAAUUGCCCCAUUCCGUUCAUUUUUAUGGAAAAUGUUCUUCGAGAAGCAUGAUGAUUACAAAUUCAAUGGCUUGGCAUGGCUCUUUUUGGGUGUCCCUACAAGCAGCUCACUGCUUUACAAGGAGGAAUUUGAGAAGAUGAAGGAGAAAGCUCCUGACAACUUCAGGCUUGACUUUGCUGUGAGCAGAGAGCAAACAAAUGAGAAAGGAGAGAAGAUGUACAUCCAGACCAGAAUGGCUCAAUAUGCAGAAGAGUUAUGGGAAUUGCUCAAGAAAGACAAUACUUUCGUCUAUAUGUGUGGGUUGAAGGGAAUGGAAAAGGGAAUUGAUGACAUCAUGGUCUCCUUGGCUGCUAGAGAUGGUAUUGACUGGACUGAGUACAAGAGGCAGUUGAAGAAAGCAGAGCAAUGGAACGUGGAAGUCUAUUAAUUUCUCUGUUCAGUAAGAGAUCUGUGGUCGUAUUUGUGAAGCGGUCAUUCUAUCAUUUCUCCUGCAUUCUGUAGAUAAAUGAGGCCUCUGUGAUUUUUCUUCCAUGAUAUUCUGACUUCCUAUAGUGGAUCAACCUCAUUGCAAUACAUGGAGUAAUACUUUUUUUAGGACUCUAUGCAAAAUCUAGAUGAAGCCAGCUUCCUUUACCAAACAUUAAUCAAGUUAAUAUAUCAUAUUCCACUGAAGUUGAACUUGUUGUGUAAAUUUAAUGGGAAAUUUGUCAAGUGCGAAACUUCCUUUUUCUUGAA